AUGAACCAACGCAAGUGGAUGUUGAAUCUGUUUCGGGUGACCGACGUUAUGGUCAAACUUUACGGCAUGUUUCCGUUGCAGUUCAAUCCCCGCGUCAAUCGUUUUCAAAACAGUCCAAUCGCCGUUUGCUGGUCUAUUACACUACUGGUGGUGUACGGUACCGGAAUGUUGUACAUUUACAUUGACUUGAGUUUUACUAUUACCCAUACUGGUUCGUCACUCAAUAACGUUUUCAUGAGAUUGCAGUUUAUGCUGAAUUACAUUUUCUACGUGGUUACGAUAACGAUGGCAAUAUGGAAUCGUAAUCGAUUAAAGGAUCUAUUGAAUGUACUUCUAUUUUUAGCAGAAGUUAUCAACAAACGCAAUAAAGUCCAAACGGAUUCCAAGCUUUUGCAAACUUACCUCAAAAAAUUAAUAUUUGAUAGUACUUUGAAACUGAUGAUUUGUACUACUUUCUAUAUGAACAAUACGGUUGUUUGGGGAAAAUAUAUGUCGUCGUUAAACUUUACCUUCAUGUGGUCGUUCGCAUUAUUCACGGAUGAAUUCGUUGGGUUGUGUUUGUUCGUGGCCCACCUAUAUCGGAUGAUCAACCUGCAGAUAAGUAGUGCGGUUCAACAGCUGUGCGACUUCGACGAAGACCAAAGCUACUGGGACACUCAUCAAGCUAAGAAACAUCGAAUCUGCAUGAAGGUGGCAUCGGAACUGGACAGAUUAGCUCAUCUUCACCGAGACGUUACAACGGUAUCCAAAGAAAUCGUAAAGCUUGUGGACAGUUCUCUUUUACUCGUGAUCAUGUGGUAUUUCCUGAUUAUAAUCUUCGGGAUUUUCUACACCUACACAACCCUGGUAACGGAUCUUCGCAGUAACGUUUCACCAACCCUCUCAACCUACACAAGCGCAAGUGGGUGUGCUGUAUUCGAGGCAUUCCAGUUUUACUGUCUGGUAUCGGCGGCUGGCUUGCUGACCAAGCGCGCCGAGAAGACUGGGCUCGUUUUGAACAAAUUCUUCAAGGCCGACGUCGAGGAGCGCGUUGAUCGAACGAUUAAUAUGUUUUCAAUGGAGCUUCUUCAUGAUACCUACAGCAUAGAAAACUUCGGAAUGUUUAAGGUUGACUUCACUUUGAUAUACUCGAUGGUUGCUACAAUAACCAACUAUUUGAUUCUAAUGGUUCAAUUUCAAUUAACUGAAUAAUGGCUUGAAUUAGCUUUGAAUUAUUUUGGAAAUACAUUAUUCGCCAGAAUGACUGACGCCAAUUUUGUUUUCUGUUUUACGAUAAGCUGUUUCCUAAAGCUCAUAGUAAAGUCUGGUCGAUUAACUUCAUUGCAGGAAAUCUACAGUAGAGUCAAGAUUUCACAUCACCGUCUCUAUCAAAGAGUUCAUGCUUCGGCAAGUUCGAACUGCACCAUUAUGAUCAGAUACGUUGCUAUCA